AUGGAGAGAACAUCAGACAUGGACAAUGUUGAGAAGCAGGCCGAGUUCAGGCACAUCGACCAGGCGCCCAGCAAAGUCAGUUCCGAGGUCGAUGUCGACGGCGGCUUCACCAAGGAUGAGCAGCGCAGUAUCAUUAAGCGCAUCGAUCGUCGUCUUGUUGUGACGGUCGGUGCUAUGUACUGUGUCUCGCUCAUGGAUCGAACCAACAUGAGCGCUGCCAACAUUGCGGGAAUGAGCGUAGAACUUCAGCUCGUUGGAUUCCGAUACAACAUCGCCAACUUGGUCUUCUUCAUUCCAUACAUCAUCUUCCAACCCCCGUCGACAGUUCUCAUUCGCAAGAUAGGACCCCGAUAUCAUCUGGCCAUCAUCACCAUGCUCUGGGGAGCUGUCAUGAUUGGUAUGGGAUUUGUCAAGAAGUUCCCCCAGCUUGCGGCGCUCAGAGCGGUUCUUGGUUUCUUCGAGGCUGGUUUCUUCCCUAGCUGUGUUUACCUCCUCAGCACCUGGUAUACACGAUACGAGGUCGGAAAGAGGUACUCAGUCUUCUAUCUCCUCGGUUGCGUCGCCUCAGCUUUCUCCGGUAUCCUCGCCUACGGUCUUAUGCAACUUAAUGGUCGUGAAGGGCUCACCGGCUGGCGAUGGAUCUUCAUCAUCGAAGGUACCCUAACUGUUUUCCUCGGUAUCGCAGGCUACUGGCUCCUUGUCGACUUCCCCGACUCGAAGCGCAAGACUUGGUCGUUCCUCGGCGCCCGCGAACGUCAAUGGGUCUGCGAUCGCAUCUCUCGGGACCGCGGCGAUAACGAGAUUCCUCCCUUCCAAAUCGGCAAGUUCCUUCGCGGUGGCGCUGACUGGAAGGUGUGGGCGUACGCCAUGAUCUUCUUCGAUACCACCACCAUCAGCUACGCUCUUGCUUACACCCUGCCUAUCCUUCUUGUCGGUAACAUGGGCUUCAGCGUUGGAGCAGCACAGUGUCUUGUUGCGCCUCCUUACGCCUUUGCCGGUAUUGUUAUGUUCGCGACAGGUUAUGUGGGCGACAAGUACCACAUCCGAGGUCCUAUCAUCCUCUUCAACAUGCUUCUCUGCCUCAUCGGACUUCCCAUCAUGGGCUGGGCUGAGAGCACUGGUGCGCGUUACUUUGGUGUCUUCCUCGUCACCGCUGGCGCAAACAGCAACAUCCCCACUGCCAUGUCCUUCCAGGCCAACAACAUCCGCGGUCAGUGGAAGCGAGCCUUCUGCAGCGCUACCCUCGUCGGCUUUGGUGGUUUUGGCGGUAUUGCGGGCAGCUUGGUGUUCCGUGAAAAGGAUAAGCUCACCGGUUACAAGCCCGGCAUGUGGGCUUGCAUUGCGUGCUGCCUCGUGACAGUCAUCCUCGUCUGUCUCCUCGACUUGGACUUCAAGAAGAAGAACGCCCAGGCUGACAGAGGUGAGAAGGUGUUGGAGAAUAUCGAGGACGGUGCUACACCCGAUUUCCGCUACACUUACUAA